AUGUCACCCCAGGAUAGGGAUCUCCCCCGUGAUCGGGAAUUGGUUAGGCAUUCGAUGACAUUAUCCGAUUCCAAAGUUCCAAUGUGGGACAGCUCGGAUCCUGAGCGCGCGCCGCCGCCGCUGCCAAUGAAUCCUCGAUCAAUGAGCCCUAUGAGCCCUGGCGCAACGAGGUCUAAUGUUUCUCCCAAUAUUCAAGCGGUUGCCGCGAAAUUCACAGAGCGCUCCAGCGAGAAUACGCCCAGUUCCUACACAACAAAUCCCAUGCCACCCAAGGGCUCAUCGCCUGAGAGAUCGUUGGUGAAGGGCCAGCAUAAACGUAUGCAAUCACUCCAGCCUGAAGAUACCCGACAAGACACGCGAUCCGAAUUCUUAAACUAUCUUGAGAAUCGAUCACCUGAAAGGCCUCUUCGUGCCACAAUUGUUGACCCGACGAAACCACGGGAUCCAAACAAGUCAACUAGCUCCCCUGCGCUACGUCAAGAUGCAGAGCGCGACAUGAGCUACUCCCUUUCGAAUCGAUAUCUCUCCAAACCCAUCCUAGGAGAAAGUACUCCACCGUCAGCCACCAUGUUAGCUCUUCAAAAUAUGCAGCUUCCCAUAGACGCCGACUCUCCUUCUCCAUCUAAACCCCCGAAAAUGAUUACAGGACCGAUGGAACCCAGACCUUCGAUCCCCAAUACUGCGAGCAUGGACUCCCUUUCAACCCAAAUUCACAGCUUGACCGACAUUGCAAGUAGCCUUCAACGCGAAAUGAUGAAUUUGAGCCGACGCAGCAAGGACAAUGCUACCGAUUUGGUAAGCCUCAAGGCCGCAACCAACGCUCGAGACGAAGAUAUCCGCAAAAGCCUCAAGGAUCUGUCUUCUCAUCUGAAAACCAAGUAUUUGGACACCGAUGCUGCAAGGUUUGAUUUCAGUACUCUCUUCAAGUCUGGAGAUGGGUCUAACCCUAAGGAUGCGGAUAGUUCUCCCCAGUCCAAGAGAAGCUACUCUGUGCCUCGGAUGCCUAGCCCUAAUCCCUUCGCGUUUGACCGGGACUCAUGCGUGUCCCCUUCACCGAUUUCCGACGGUUCGGCCGCCCUCGCCUUGCUCGAAAAGGUAUUGCGUGAAAUGGCAACCAAAGAAGGUGAGGAACGACUUUUAGAGCUUGUGGAAGAAAUCAAAUCCCGUCCCGCUGCGAGCCCUUCGGACAAGGAUGCCGACACUCAGGUUACUGCCAUGCUCGAGGAGAUUCUCAAUCUCGUUAAAGAAGAUCCUUCGAGCAAAGCCCUUGUGCGAUCCCGUGCCAUUACCGACAAUCUCGAUAGCCUCCAGCCUGAAGAUGCCCACCCCGAGGGUACGCGUUCUCGGUCAAUGGGAUCUAUGAAUCCAGAUGUUGUACGUGCACUUGAUGUUUCUAAGACUGAUAAGAUCGAUGGCUCUGUAUCCAACCCCGAAGAAGUUAUGGCGAUUCUCCACAGUGUCAAGAAUAGCGUCAUCGAAGGCGGUGGUAUGACCAACGGCGUCAAGAGCCUUGUCCGUGAAUUACGAGGUGAGGUUCUCGGAAUGGGUAGAGAACUGGGUCGACGUCUCGACGAUAUCGAAUCUACUCGCGCGAUCGAUCAAGCCGAGGAUCAACCGCGACCUGCUGGACCAGAAGAAAUUUCAGCCAUCGUCAAUCGCAGUCUUGACGACCUCAAGGAGCAGCUGGCUGCUACUAUCAACGAGAGUCGCCAACAAUCCUCCGACCUAUCUGAGUUCCGAUCGACUAUGAAUAGCGCUGCCAUUUACUCUGUUGUGAAGAAAGCCCUCGAUGAGCUUGAACUUCCCCAACCUAAUGCCGAGCCCCGCGGUGCUGAAAUGGACAGAGAAGACAUUCUCGAGACAGUCCGCGAGGCAUGGGAAACUUACAAGCCAGAGAUUGAAUUCAACAACUUUGGUCUGGAACGUGAUGAAAUCCUCACCUGUUUGGAGGAAGGUUUCAAGUCUCAUCAGCCCCAGCACGAGUCUGUCACCUACGACCAAGUCCUUGCAGCAGUUGAAGAUGGCAUGCAAAAGUUUAACCCGCCACAAAUCGAACAGCCACCUGGUAUUUCCCGCGACGAAGUCAUCCUGGCUAUUCGGGAAUGCCUGGAGAACCAGCCUGAGCCUACUUCUCGUGGUCUGGACGAGGAACAUGUCAACCACCUCAACUCCAUGCGUGAUCAGAUUCUCGAGUCGGUUGUCACUAGCUUGGCUACCCAUAGCGCAAACGCUAGGGGGCUUGGUGAAGAUGAUGUCAACCACCUUUACGCUAUCCGUGACGAGAUUAUGGACGCUGUGACUGGACUGAAUGAGGGCUCCAAGUCGCUGGACGAGACUCAUCUCCACUCUAUUCGCGAUGAAAUCAUUGAAGCUGUCACUGGAGUGAUGACAGCCCAGAGUACAACUUCUCGAUCCAUGGACGACGAACAUGUUAACCAUCUGACUUCCCUACGUGAUGAGAUCCUCGAAGCAGUCAAUGGAGCCAUGGCUCUUCACAACGAGGCCCCUCGGUCUGUUGACGAAGACCAGAACCAUAUUGGACACCUUAAUUCCAUUCGUGAUGAGAUUCUUGGGGCAUUGGCCGGUUCAAUGGCCCAAAGCACACUCAGCAAGGAUUCAUUUGAUUCCGGACUCGGUCGUGACGAGAUUGUCAGUGCCGUGUCUGAUGGUCUUGAGGCACACUUCACUGCAGCCAAGGAGAUGGAUGAGCCACACAUUUCCAGAAACGAUGUCAUGCACGCCGUCAACGAAGCCUUUGAUGCUCAACAAUCUGCUCUGAGCAUUGCCCCUCAAACAAACGUCUCACGCGAGGAAAUUAUGAAUGCCAUCGCAGAGGGCAUCGAGGCAUCGAUGACCGCCCAGCAGUCAGCCCUCACCACCGAUGUGCAGCAGAGUGUAUCGCGCGAGGAGAUUUUUACCGCCAUUGUUGAUGCUAUCGAUCACUCGCAAGCCUCUCUCAGCAACAAUGGUCAACCUGGUAUCACCAAGGAUGAGAUACUGGGAGCAAUCGUGGAUGGCAUGGAACAUUCAGCAGCCUCCAAGGAACCAAGUAUCUCCCGAGACGAGAUUCUGAAUGCGAUUGCCGACGGAAUCCAAUCAUCCAAUGGUGGUGGCGGUGAUCGAGCUCUCACCUUAGCUGGUUCUGAGCAUGAGGAUGAGAAGCCUGCUCCGAUCUCUCGGGAGGAGAUCUUCAAUGCAAUUAUCGACGGUAUUGAGCAUUCGCAAUCCUCCCUGAAUAAGGGUGUCGAGCCGAGCAUCUCUCGCGAUGAAAUCCUCCAUGCAAUUGUGGAGGGUAUUGAGCACUCAUCUAGCCUUCAGCAUUCAAGCGUUUCACGUGAGGAUAUUAUCAGUGCCGUUGCAGAAGGAAUUGAAAAUUCGAACACCACUCAACAAUCAGCUCUUGCAACUGUGCCUGAACCCUCUAUCUCUCGCGAUGAAAUCCUCAGUGCAAUUGUGGAGGGCCUUGAGCACUCCUCUAACCUUCAACAGUCAAAUAUUUCACGCGAGGACAUUAUCAGUGCCAUCACAGAAGGCAUUGAGAAUUCAAACACUAGCCAACAAUCAGCUUUGGCCACUGUGUCUGAACCAUCUAUCUCUCGCGAUGAAAUUCUCAAUGCAAUUGUGGAGGGUAUUGAGCACUCCUCCAACCUUCAACAGUCAAAUAUUUCACGUGAGGAUAUUAUCAGCGCCAUCGCAGAAGGCAUUGAGAGUUCGAGCACUAGCCAACAAUCAGCUUUAGCCGCUGUGCCUGAACCGUCCAUUUCGCGCGAAGAAAUUUUGAGCGCAAUCGCCGAAGGCAUUCAAAAUGGCAACUCAGUCACACGUGAGAUUGAGUUAAACAAGGAUGAUCUCAUGGAUGCGAUCACGGCUGGUCUCCAGGAGGCAACGAGCUCCACAACCAGCAACGUCGGCGGCGAAGUGAUGGAGCGUCUUCAGGAUCUGCUUGAAGGCAUGAAGGAGGAGUUCAAGCAAUAUUCUGCCGCCAACGGUAGAGACACAGAGCAGGUACUUGAUGCCGUCAAGGAUGGUCUCGACGUUGUCCGCAGGGAAAUCGAAUCUUACGUGGUUACAGCUGGUGAACUUUCAGGCAAAGACGAAGUCAUCGACACUGUCAAGGAAGGAUUCCGCCUUCUCCAGGCCGAUAUGGAGAAGACCAUUACGGACACCUCCCUCACCAGCAGCUCUACGGGUAACCCCGACACACCCGAGCUUUUGGAUGCCAUGGAGAAAGAAUUCGAACACUUGCGAGGCACAAUUACCACUCUUCUUCUACGUGAAAACGCCACUGCAGAUAAGGACGAGAUCAUCGACGCUAUCAAGGAUGCCUCUGAACAUAACAAAGGCAGCUCUGGCAACGAAGAGGUGGUUAACAUGAUCAAGCAAGAGUUUGAGAACCUCCGUGAUCGCAUGGACUCAAGCGUUGUUCGAGCUGAGCCAAGCGCUGAGAAGGACGAGAUUAUUUCGGCGCUUCGUGAGCACUUUGACACCCUACGAGAAGAGACCUCGCGUAAUGGAAAUGAAAGCACAUUGUCCACUACCAGCGAACUUCUGGACGCAUUCACCGAUGGUGUCGACUCGAUUCGGGACGACUUGAAGAAGUUACUCGAGAAGCCGGCCGAGUUUGACAGUUCCGAGAUCCUGGAGACCAUCAAAGGCGGUCUUGCGGAUUUGAAACUCGAAAUGGAAAACCUCCGCGAAUCUCAGAAGGAGCCCGAGGAGGGUGAGCGCGGUGGUGAGCUCAUGCUUGCGAACGAGACCCCCUCUGCGGAACCUGAGAAUACACUUGUUCCUGACAUCGAUGGUCUCAAGGCGCUGAUCACUCAGCUCCAAGACAAGGUUGAAGCAAUCGAAUCCACUCCCCGUGCCGCAGAGCCCGCCGAGGAUGCACUCAAGCAAUCGCACCUUGAUGAAGUUCUCAUGGCCAUUCAAGAAGUCCAGCUUGCCAUUGGUGAGAUGAGUGCGCAGAAGAACCCGGAGGAUGACAACACAGCCAAGAAACAAGAUACCGAAGCCCUUGAGCAGUUGCUCCUGAGCACCAAGACUCAAAUAGAUGAGCUGGUCUUUCCCUCGCCGGACGAGGUCGCAACUUCUGAGCAGAUUGGCGCCCUGGAGACUAUGAUCCGCGAAGCCAAGGACUCUAUCGCCGAGUUCUCUGGCCGCAUGGAAGCCGAAGCCCCCACCAAGGCUGAGAUCGGCACUUUGGAAGGUCUUAUCAAGGAUGUCUGGGUUGUCUUGGACGAGCUGAAGAGCAAGACUCAGGACGGGGAAGAAGAGGAGAACCCCGAGAAGCUAAUGAAGUCGGAUCUUCAAACCGUCGAAGCUAUGAUCUUCGAGGUCAAGACUCAGGUUGAUGAGCUGAAGCUCCCUGAUGUCGAGACCCUCCCCACCAAGGCCGAAAUCCAAGAGCUUUCAACUCUGGUUCACGACUUCCGUGAGAAGAUGGAAGCAAACAACGAGUUAACUGCUCAAGGAUUCGAUGCUCGCAAGAUCGAGCAUGGUGGCCUCGCCGAGAAGAUCGAUGAAAAGAUUGAAGAGGCUAAAUAUGUUGUCGGAGAGCUAGGAGAUGAGCUAAAGAGCAAGCUCGACGGCAGCAGUGAAGGCCUGGGUGAGCUCAAGCAGCUGCUCGAGGGACUCGCAGUUACUGCCGAGAAUUUCAGCACCGUCGACAACAUCAAGGAACUGAACGACCUCAUUAAUCGGGAAUUCGAACGUGCCCGCGGCGAAGAGGAUGCAGGCAAACUUGAAACGGAGGAGCGCGAUGCUGCUGCCCUCGUCAAACAUGAUGAGACGCGGGCCGCCAUUAUUGUGGAACUCGGAGCCAAGAUUGAUGAGAAGAUCACAGAAGUCUUGGCCAAAUAUGAAGAUGCUCAUACCUCGCUCCAUUCCAAGUUCUCCGAGACUGAAGAGCGAGACCUGGCACACACCGAAUCGCUGACAAGUACCAAGACACUUGCCGAGGACAUCAAGCUUGUCAUCGGUUCUAUGGGUGACACUGUCAACGAGACCUGCGAACGCAUAAGCGAGGAAACCAAAGUCCUCCUUGGGCGCGUUGAUGAGUCUCGUCAGCAAAUGGAGGAGAUGCACAACGACGUCAAGGCUCAUCGGGAGCAGUCUCAAGCUGAUACUGACAAGGCAGUCGCUGCUACCGAUCGAGUUGAGAGCAAGCUUCUUGAGUUCCACCCCCAAAUUUUGGAGAGCGUACAGGAAAUUCUUUCGAUUGUCAAUCAGCACUACGAUCACUCGCAGAAGUCAGCCGAAGACCUCAAAUCUGAGCUGUCGGCUCUACCUGCCAGCAUUCCUCAGAUGCUACCUGCGCUUCCUCCACCCGAGCCUGAGCCCGAAGAGACAAGCCGCACUCUUGCGAUUGAGGACACCCCUGUUCAGAGCAAGCUCGACGAUCUCCUGGAGCAUGCUAGAAACAGUCAAGUUCAUGAUAUUCUGAAGACUUUGCUUGAGCACUCCAAGAAUGAGGAUGUUCACGAAAAGUUAGAUAGGGCUCUACUUCAGCCUACGAAAGAUGACGAACUGCACGAGAAGCUGGACCGGGCCUUGCUUCAGCCGACAAAGGAUGACGACCUGCAUGAAAAGCUCGAUCGGGCCUUAUCCGACACCUCGAAGAAUGAUGAGCUCCACGAAAAGCUUGACCGUGCCUUGAACCAAGGAUCAGAGUCCAACGAUCAGAUAUAUGAGAAGCUUAACCAGCUUCUAGAUCACGCCACCAAUGGCUCUGGUCCUGUGCACGAAAAGUUGGAUGCUCUUCUCAGCCGCCCGACUACUACAGCGGAUCCAGAACAAUCUUCUACGCAGAUGAUGAAGCUUGACGAGAUGCACAAGGAUAUCAUGGAGAACGCUCGCCGGAUGAACGAGAUGUUUGCAGCUCAGUCAGUGAUUGUUGCUGAAGACACCGAGAGAAAGCGUCGUGAAGCCGAGGAAGCUGGCAUCGCAUUGGAGCGAAGAGUUGCACAGCGCGAACAAGUUGAAGCCGAGAUUGUUGGCUUGGGCGAAGAAAAGGAUUCUUUGUUGAACAUGAUCAACCGUCUGAGAGCGGAGAAGGAAAACAUGAUCAAGCAGAACAACAAGCUCAGCAAGGAUCUCUCCGGUCUCGAGACAGCGCUCGAGAUUCGCCAUGAGGAAAUGCGACACAUGGAGGAUCGUGCCGAUGGCCUCGAGAAGCGCAUUCUGGAAGGUGUCCUCGACCAUGCCCGCACAGUGCUUCUGAGCCGAUCCAACAGCCUGCAAGCCAUGAACCUGAAGAGGAACCGAAGCACACGCAGUAACCGUACCUCUCGCUCCGGCGCCCGCAGCCCCAGUGCAAACAGUACGGCCAGUACCGCCAAGGACAACAAGGAAACACGUAGUCUCCUUGGAAAUGGCGUUGGAAUUGCUCUUAAGCGCAGAAUGCCCACUUCUCUCCAAGGAGCCACAGCCGCGGUGCUACCCAACAUUGGAAAGGAGCGUCGCAUUCUCAGCUUGAGUCACGUCACAGGCAACCGUGGUACCGAUCGCCAGGUUAGCUCCAACACCGGUAUUACGAAUCUGAAGCGCAGCCAUUCGGUCAAGUCGAACGCUCUACGCAACACUUCAUGGGCCGGUCGAUCCUCUGUUACAAACAAGGAGAACGAGCCUUUCCACGAGGAGGAUGAGCUCGCCAGUGAGACGGAGAACGACACUGCAUCGCACCGCAGGACAAGCUAUGCUGGAAGUGAACGAAAGACCAGCUAUGCCGAGAGCCAUGCUCCUUCGGACCGCAAGACAAAUUAUGCUGAGAGCAACGCCCCUUCGGACCGCAAGACAAGUUAUGCUGAGAGCAACGCUCCCACAGAGCGGAAAUCAAGCUAUGCCCCUAGCAAUGCUCCCUCGGACCGAAAGACUAGCUACGCGGAAAGCAAUACCGGUACCGAACAGGACACAGUCUAUGCUGAGAGCAAUGCCGGUACGGAGCGAAAGCCAAGUUACGCCGGCAGUAUUGCCGAGAGUGUGGUUACCGAUGUUACUGAUCACCGUCGUGUCAGUGGUGUGACCUCUAUCGAUGAAUAUGACGACGCGGAAAGUUCGGUUAUUCAGCAUGAUCAAGAGGACCGAGACGAUGAUAUCUCCAUCGAUGGGUCCGAAUCAGCAGACGAUGCGCAGACUGCGUAUGGCGAUGAACAUUCUGUGAAUGGAGAUCACGACGAGAAUGUCUCUCGGCAGAUCAGGGAGGCUAAUUUGGCUGCUGAAGCGGAAGUCUUGAAGCUAUUGGCUCCGCCUAGUGACAGCGGCCUCGGCACUGAUGUUGCCGUCUAG